AACCCCCCUCAUAUUCAUCUUCAUAUCAAAUUUCCCAAAAUAAUCAAUCAAACUCAAUCUCCAACUUAAAUAAUCCCAUAUAUUAUACAUAUGAAAAUGCCAUCCUUCACCACCGACCCCCCAAAAACCCAAUACGCCAUCCUCUCUUCACCCGCCCCCCAUGUCCUUUUGGUAACUCUCAACCGACCCCGGGAUCUUAACUGCAUCAACUCCGCCGGUCACGAGGAACUCGACGCUGUCUGGCAAUGGCUGGAUGAUGAGCCUUCGUUGCGUGUGGGUGUCCUGACAGGCACCGGGAGGGCGUUUUGCGCAGGUGCGGAUUUGAAGGAAUGGAACAACAACACCCAAACCCAAACCCCAUCACAAAACAAAGGCCGUGCUCAAAUGUCACCUUCUGGGUUUGGAGGUCUCUCGCGUCGCGGCGGCAAAAAGCCCGUCCUCUGUGCUGUCAAUGGAAUCUGUUUUGGUGGUGGUUGUGAGAUGAUCAUCAAUGCCGAUAUGGUUAUUGCCAGUGAGAAGGCUGUGUUUGCCUAUCCGGAGGUUCUGCGCGGUGUCGUUGCCAUCGCUGGGGCGUUGCCCCGGUUGGUGCGCACGGUUGGGCGCCAGAGGGCCAUGGAGAUGGCCUUGACUGGGCGACGAGUGUCAGCUGUCGAGGCAGAGCGAUGGGGGUUUGUGAAUGAGGUAGUUUCGGGUGGGGAUGAGCAGGUGGUCAAGCGAACGGUUGAGAUCGCAGCCCAGAUCGCGUCGAACAGCCCAGAUGCAGUCAUCGUCACGCGCGAAGGUAUCAAGAUGGGAUGGGAAGGUGUCGGAGCUGAGGAGGGCAGCCGCUUACUGAUCGAUGGAUGGUCGAAACGGUUGUACGAGGGAGAGAAUAUCAAGGAGGGGCUGAUGGCGUUUGUGGAGAAGAGGAAGCCCAACUGGGUGGACAGUAAGUUGUAAAUGCACAUGCAUCCCGGUCAUGGCAACACAACUUUACAAGAUAAUACAAAUGUCGUUUACAGGCAAUACAGAACAAGUGACUAGAAUGGAAAUAUCAUUGCGGCUAAGUUGCUCUGCAACUAUCGCCAGGUAGUAAAAGUAAUACAAUGCUAAGGUAAAUCGAAGUUGUUCAUCGCGCCUUCCAGUAUUAGCCAUAUCCCAUGCGGUUAAAACUCCGUCCCGCGGUAUAACCGCUCCUAGGUCGCUGUGAAAAGACAUAUCGUGCGCUUCGUCAUGCUGUCAUCCGUGACCGACUUGGGCUCCUUCAUAUCACAUACCGA